CUCUGUCCCAGACAACUAGACAAGGGUUAAAUGUAUGGAUAUGUGCAUUACCGAACUGGGUGCCAUUCUAAACCACGCCCAUUUGAUUUGAUAGACCAAAAUAACAUAAAAAGAAAAGGGAAAAGGGGCAUGGUUUUUGGAAGGAGAGGCUCCUCCUCUACCACCAUUUCGAGCCUCCGAAGAAUCGCAGCGAGGGCGUUCUCUUCCUCCUCCUCUCCCUUUCGCGGAAUCCACGUUUUCCAAUGCCCGGAUGCGGUGGGAAUUGUUGCUAAGCUCUCAGAUUGCAUCGCCUCUAGAGGAGGUAACAUACACAGCGUCGAUGUCUUCGUUCCUGAGAAUAAACAGGUCUUCUACUCCAGGAGUGAAUUCGUAUUUGAUCCUCUACGAUGGCCGCGAGAUGUUAUCGACAGUGAUUUCCUCAAAUUAUCGAAAAUAUUCAGUGCAAAAAAAUCAGUUGUUCGGGUUCCCGAUCUAGACCCCAAAUACAAGAUUGCAGUUCUUACUUCAAGGCUGGAUCAUUGUUUGGUGGACCUGUUACAUAGAUGGCAGGAGGGUAGGCUUCCUGUGGAUAUUAGUUGUAUAAUAAGCAACCAUAAUAGAGCUCCGAAUACUCAUGUUAUACGUUUUCUCGAAAGACAUGGGAUUCCAUAUCAUUACUUACCGAGGACUUUGGGGAAUAAAAGAGAACAAGAAAUCCUGGAAUUGGUUGAAGAGACCGAUUUUCUUGUGCUUGCAAGAUAUAUGCAGAUACUGUCCGGAAAAUUUUUGGAAACUUAUGAUAAAGAUAUCAUUAACAUUCACCAUGGCCUUCUUCCGUCAUUCAAGGGCAGAAAUCCGUCCAAACAGGCUUUUGAUGCUGGGGUUAAAUUAAUUGGCGUAACAAGUCAUUUUGUAACGGAAGGGCUUGAUGCUGGCCCAAUUAUUGAACAAAUGGUUGAGAGAGUCUCUCACAGAGAUACCUUACGGAGCUUUGUGAUGAAGUCGGAGAAUCUUGAGAAGCAAUGCCUUGCACAAGCAAUGAAAUCUUAUUGUGAACUCAGAGUGCUUCCUUAUGAAUCCAACAGAACUGUUGUAUUCUAAGAGGGCCUUGUACAAUGUUGUAAUAUGUAUUAUUUGGAAGUUAGUAUUCUGUAAUGUCUUACAUAUUUAAUUUUCUUAAAUUUCUCAAUGUC